GAAGCAGCCUCCCGAGCUCCUCCAUGGAGGAGCUGCUGGGCCACCUGACAGAUGUUUACAGGUGUUUGGCGUCGGGCUCGUGCCCGCAGCGGAGUGCCGUGGAAGUGGCGCGCGCUGUGUUCUCCGGCCUGUGCGUCCACGUGCGCGGCGGGGACGCGAGCAGCCUGAGCCUCAGCCUGGUGCACAGGCUGGUCUCCGGGGCGCGGGGGUCCCGGUUCUGCAGGGAGGUGCUGGUGGAGCUGCGGGGUCUGGACCUUCUGCCUCAGCUGGUCCUCCACUUCCAGUCUGAGGACCAGGUUGUGUCUCAUCUGGCUGCCAGGAGUGUGUCAGCAUGUGUUUGCUACCAUCUGCAGGAAUCGGGAGCCGUCAGUCCCGCCUGGCAGAGGAAGUGUGUGGAGGCUUUUCAGAGCGCUCCACCCUCCGCUGAAUUAGACGCCUGCCUGUGGUCGCUGACCGAUGUCCUGAAGAGACUCAUUAAAGGAGCUCGACAUGACAUCCUUGGAGAAAUCCUGUCGGGUUUUGACUGCAGCCUUCUGUCUUUAUGCUCCAAGUUCCUCCCCGAAGGAGGAAGCCCUGCGACGCAGAGCGAGGUGGUUUUUACCCACAGCAGCCAGCAGGUGUCCUCGUUCUGCCUCCUGCUGGACCUGCUGGAGGUGCUCUCUGCGUCCGGCGUGUGUGCGCAGAGCCAGAGGUUGAUCCACGCCCGCUGCCCGGCCCUCCUGGCAGCCGUCGGCCACGGCUCGGAGUACUUUGUGAGGCGGAAAGCGGCGCUGCUGCUGAAGAGAGCGGCGCUGCAGAGGCUGGGAGAGGACCUGGCUCUGGGAGGAGCGGCGCCGUCCGGACUGAAGCAGGCGGGCUCCGGCUGCCAGAGACUCUCUCUGGCUCGCAGCGUGUUGACGGCAGUGGAUCAGGACUGGUUACACGGCGUCCAAGUGAGGCCCGCCGCUUUCUUUGGAGGCACCAAACAAAUCCGUGACGGCGAAACGCAGGAAGCAGACUGUGUGAUGCUGAGAGCAAUCAGUCUGAUCGUUCUCAAGUCCAUCGAGAUCCAGAUCCAAACAUCUGGAGGAGCAGCCGUGCACGGCGCCCCAGAGCCCUGUGUGUAUGUGGAGCGCCUGUGGGGCUUCCUGAGGCGCUGCAGCGUCCAGCUGGCCGGGCUCCGUCACCUCUGCUGCUGGAUCAGUCUGCUGUUCGGGGAGCAGGACGACGACAUGAUGGAGGCGGCCAGAGCGCUGCUGGCCCUGUUCCUCCACCACAGGGACCAGACGAUGAGCUCUGGAUCUGGCGGUCCGGCCGUGCUGGCCGCCGCCUGCUCGUCCGGGUUCAACCCCCACUGCCACUUCGUCCUGCUGCUGCACAGCGUCUCCUUCGACCACAGCAUCCUGCUGGACUUCCUCAUCUCCUCCGAGACCUGCUUCCUGGAGUACCUGGUGCGCUACCUGAAGUGCCUGAGAGACGACUGGCCGGGGUUUAUCUGGGCGUGCGGCGGCGGCGCCGCUGCCCCGGACUGUGGGCCGUCCCUGCAGGAGUCCCGCUCGGCUCCGCCCACCCCCCCAGCCGGAGCCGGCUCCUGUGUGACCCCCCCACAGAGGAGGCUGGUGGACUACGACUCCUCUGACGGGUCGGACCCAGAAGACAUGGAGGUGUGUGAUUCUCGGCCGGGACCGCCGGGAGGUCUGGGUAACGCGGACGCCGCCAGGCUCCCAGCUUCCCCCAGACACAGGCGCCGUCUCUCACUGACCGACUCACCGGGCGCCGCCGCGGCCCCCCGGCCAGGGGUCGUGACCUCGGCCAGAGCGGUGCAGUGUCUGUGCGAGCUGAGGGAGGUGGUGAGCAGGCUGCACGCCAGGAAGCUCUUCCCGUACAACCCGGCUUCGCUCCUGAAGCUCCUCACUCAGGUAGAAGACGCCUCCCAGCAGAGCGACGCCAAGACCGACAAGCUGGACUUCUGAGUCAGAACACGUCAUAGAUGCGGAGUUUACAGACAAGAACAAUGUUCAUUCAUUGAAAAUUGACUGAGAUUUCAUUCCAUCAUCAUGUGUUUGGCACUUUACCAACUUUUCUUAUUGCAACAAAAAAAGUGUUUUUGCUUUAAAUUUGAAGCUCAUUUACACGACAGUGUUUUCAAGUGAAAAUGGAAAACUUUGCUUGUGUUUUGUGUGUUUUCAUGCAGAGUCUGAGCAGAAGUAAAUCCAGUAAUCUACCCAGUAAAACCUAAUCUCACGUA